CUGUGAUUGGGGAGUCGUGUUGUCAUGAAAUAGUGCCUUCUUUGCAAACAUCAGCCAUUUUCAUGGCUUUUAAUGACCUGUCUAAAACUACAAGAUAUGAAGAUGUAUUGAUAUUUUCUGUCUGCAGGGUGAUGGGGCAGGACAGGACACCAGCAGGCAGAUGGCCUCUCUGCUCAGGUCUCUGGCUGAGGAAAUAGAAACGGGGAAGCAGGAGGUUCGCUCCACCCACAUGAAGAGAGACUUCAUCAUGAACAGACUGCCCCCCCACAGCCAGGAGGACCUGCUGACACCAUCUGGAAGGAUUCCUGCCCUGGAGGAUACAGUAUGUCUGAUGCACAAAGACCACAUGGUGAUAACAGUGGAGCCCAGCCAGGAGAGAACGGAUGAGGCCUCAGAGAUGGUAGUCUUUGUCUUACAUUCUUUGAAGAACCAGAGGGAGAACCACAUGAUGGGUGAAAGUGGUGAUGAAGAAGAGGAAGAGGACAUUUCCAGGGGCCUGCAGUUCCCCCUGUCCCACCUGCAAGCGCUGCUGCAGCUGCAGAAGGCGGAGCAGCUGACUGUGGAUCAGCUGCAGCUGCCCACAGCGGAGGAGAAGUGCAGUCUGGUGCUGGCUCUGUGGAGCGAGAGCCUGCUGGAGGUGCUAUAGCAAACCACAUUAAAUCCACAUCUGUUGAUCUUUAUAAAUAAUAAAUAUUUCUCUCUGUCUUAUUAAUGGCUCGCCCUGAAUAAAGAUGUCACACCUC